AUGGACCGACCCAUGCCAAAGAUCCGAUUUAUUCCCAAGAACUAUUUGCUAAAAAGGAAAUAUGAAUGCAUUGUUCACCUUCACGAUGGUGACAGAUCUCAAUCCGAUCAUGUGUGGUCAAAGAAAGAAAGAGAAGUUGCUAAAAUAAAAGAAGAAGUUGAUAAAGGAAAAAUAAUCCAACCGUGUGUUGAAGAGAAGAAGCAUGAAGUCUUGGAGUGGUUAAAUACAAUUUUAACAUUUUCAUGUUCUCUAUUAUUACUUUUAGACCAUACUUUAGCAGUUACAUUUGAUGUAAUACAAUUUGGUGCUAAGGGAAAUGGGAAUGUAGACGAUUCUUGGGCUUUCUUAAAAGCUUGGGCUGAAGCAUGUGCAAGUAGAAGCAGUGCCACCAUGGUGGUGCCUGGAGGAAAGACAUACUUGUUGAGUCCUCUUCAAUUCAAAGGUCCUUGUAUAGGAUCAACUAUACAAGUUCAGAUCGAUGGAACCCUGGUGGCACCCAAGAAAUUAAGUGAUUGGAAAGGUUGUGUGGAAAACACAUGGAUAGGGUUCUCACAUGUUAACGGUCUUCAAGUUUAUGGAAACGGGAAACUUGAUGGGCAAGGUUCACCAUGGUGGAUAAAUGUCGUUAGUGACGAUAGCGACUAUAUCAAUAACAAUUGGAACCAACAAAAUGCAAACAUGUGCUCAAGACCAAUGGGAUUAAUGUUUUCAAGCUGCGAAAACCUUGCAUUAAGAGGGUUGACUCAUGUGAACCCUCCAGGUAGACAUAUAUCCAUACAUUUAUGCAACCAGGUUUCCAUUUCCGGCCUUACAAUCUCCGCACCCGAAAACAGUCCUAAUACAGAUGGAAUCGACAUCUCUUACUCAUCUAACGUUAAAAUCAUAAACUCAAUUAUUGGCACAGGAGAUGAUUGUGUUGCAAUUAGUACUGGUACUUCAAACAUUUUGGUUGAAGGAGUUCAAUGCGGACCUGGGCACGGCAUAAGUGUGGGCAGCCUUGGUCAAGGCGGAUCUCAGGAUACUGUGGAAAAUGUUCACAUAUUAAACUGCAAUUUCACAAGAACAUCUAAUGGGGCAAGGAUAAAGACAUGGCAGGGUGGAAAGGGAUAUGCAAGAAAUAUUACAUUUGAACGCAUUCAAUUGAAUGAUGUUAAGAACUCAAUUAUUAUUGAUCAAAAUUAUUGCAAUGGCAAACACAACUGUCCAAAAAAAGCGGGCGCAGUACAAGUGAGCAAUGUGAAGUAUAUAAAUGUGCAAGGAAGAUCUGCAAUUAAUGAAGCAAUUCUCCUAGAUUGCAGCGAUCAAUUUCCAUGUAACAAUAUCGUUUUUGACAAUGUAAACAUAAUGUCAAGCUCUAUGGGUAACACUUUUGCGGUUUGUAAAAACGCAAGAGUGUCCAUCCCUUCCAAAGUAUAUCCAAUUGUUUCAUGCACGAGAGGUCUUUGA